CAACCUUGCUCUCCCUGUGUUGCUGCGCGUUCGGCUCUCAGCCCCCGAGACUGGCCAGGGGAGCGAAACUCGGGUCAGUCCAGAAGAAGCCGAGCAAAGACAAAGCGGGGGGGGGGGGGUGGCGCCGCUGCAGCUGCACCUCCUUCGAGCGCCCUCGAGAUGUUCUCGCGGAGGGGUCAUGCGGAUGUCAAGAAGUCCGCGCAGAAGGCGCUGGACCCGCGCAAAGAACCGCUCACCCGCCUCAAGCACCUUCGGGCUUUGAUGGAUGCUGUGGAUGGAAGUGAACUCAACAGUUUCUUUGAGAUCAAUUAUUCUCAAAUUUAUCUUAUCUUCUAUGAAAGUUUUUGUAACACUGGAAACCCGUUUUUGAAACAAAAAGGAAAUAAAUCCCAAAGGGAAGAGUUGGAUUCCGUUCUUUUUCUUUUUGAAAGGAUACUACAAUUAUUACCUGAGAGAAUUUUCUAUCGAUGGCAUUUUCAUAGCAUAGGGUCAAUUUUGAAGAAACUUUUGCACACUGGAAACUGCCUUAAGAUAAGAUGUGAAGGAAUACGGCUAUUUCUUCUUUGGCUGCAAGCCCUCCAGACUAAUUGUGCAGAAGAGCAGCUGUUAAUUUUUGCUUGCCUUGUGCCUGGUUUUCCUGCAGUUCUAUCUUCAAAGGGUCCAUGUACACUCGAUACCCUCAUCAGUCCUCCUUCUAGUCUUCCUAAUGGGAAGAUAUAUCCUGAAGAUAUAACACCACUUUUACCACAUGCUACUGGGGAAAAGAGUGAAGACCCAACUUGCUACUUUCUUCAGAUACUCUUAAAAUUCAUGGUAAUUCAGGCUGCAAAGGUGGAAUGGAAGAAUAAGGAAAACCUUAACACAGGAUUUAAGUUUCUCUUUGCCCUCUUCAGAAAGUAUUAUCUUCCUCAUUUAUUCCCUUCUUUUAUAAAACUAACCAACCUCUACAAUCCUGUGCUUGGGAUUCCUGGCAUGCGCCCCAAAUCCGUGUAUGUUAGUACAACUUGGGGUGGAAAUGUUUAUAAUACAAAAAUUCCAUACCUGGAUGCUCGUGUAAUUUUUAUAAAAUGGCUUGUAGAUUUUUUUCUGGAAAAGAAAUACCCUACAGCAGCACAAACUUUCAAAAAUGGUGUGGAGGUUCUACCCAGAACCAUUCAAACAGUGGGUAAUACAGCGCAAGAUAAAAAUCCUGAAGUGGAAAACAGUGUCCCAUCAGAUCAGGAGAAAAAUCAUAUCAACCACAGCGGGAUACUCAGUGAUUCCAGUUUUUGCAGCAUUGAAGAGCAGCACCGAACUGCAUAUGAAAUCGUGCAACAAAUAUUUUUGUCUACAAGAGAUUAUGUGAAUUUUGUUAAUGAAGUAUUUCAUCAGGCUUUUUUGCUGCCACCAUCAGAGAUAUCCUUAAGAAAGAUUGUGAAAGUUUAUAGGAAAUGGAUACUACAUGAAAAACCUGUCUUCAUGGAAGAACCAGAUGCAAAGGAAACUACUCAAGAUGAUGAUGUCAUUACAGAACACUCAACAGAAGAGACCGAUGGCAAACAGCUUGUGUCUGGACAUAGAAGAUCCUCAAGUUGGGGAAGUUACUCCUUCUCUAGUGCUGUUACCAGAGGAUGCUUAUUAGAAGAUGAAAUAAAUGUUAAAGCAGGACUUCAAGCUACACUGCAGGUAUUUUUGACAAACUCUGCAAACAUAUUUUUAUUGGAACCAUGCAGUGAAGCCCCUGAACUACUUAAAGAGCAAAUAAAUUCUUGCAGAGCAGUUUUGAGUAUAUAUAGGCGCAUGAUAAUGGAAGUUCCAAUGAAUAAAAAGACCUGGGAGCAUAUAUUGCAAAUACUUCUUAGCAUAACAGAAGCUGUCAUGAGCAACUCCAAAGAUGAUCAAAUAAAGGAUGCAUUUGGUCAAAGUUUAGCGGCUUCACUAUUUCGGACUCUCAUCGUGGCUUGGAUCCGGGCAAAUUUGAGUGUUUAUAUUUCUCGUGAGCUCUGGGACGAGUUGCUACGUGUACUAUCAUCCCUUACAGAUUGGGAAGAACUAAUAAUGGAAUGGGCUAAUAUAAUGGAUUCUCUAACAUCUGUUUUAGCAAGAACAGUAUACGGUGUUGAAAUGACCAACUUGCCACUAGAUAAGCUAAGUGAACAAAAAGAGAAAAUACAAAAAGGAAGAGGUGGCAUUUUGGAAUCUCAAAAAGGAGCUGCAGUUGGAAGAUCGUUUUCUUUAAGCUGGAGAGAUCAUCCUGAUGUUGCAGAACCUAUGAGGUUUAGGAGUGCUACCACCUCAGGAAUACCAGGAAUGGAGAAAGCAAGAAAUAUAGUGCGCCAGAGAACAACAGAAAGUGAACAACAGGAACUAUCAGAAAAUGGAUCAGGAAUUGUGAAUCAGCAACCAGUUAACUUAUUGGGAGCAGAAUAUAAGAGUCCUUUUUCAGACCUGGAUCAAUUAACUCGAAGCAGUAGUACCUCUGAUAUUAGAGAUCAGUGCAGUUCCGAUGUUUUCCAAGUUAGAAAAACAGAAAGUUCACAAAAUUUAACUUCAGGAUCCAGAUCUGUUCAAAAAAAUGAGACCAUGAACAAGGAAAAUACACUACAAGAAGAAAGCAACACUCCAUCUGAAUUAAAUCUCAAGACAGACAUACAGCAUGGAAAUCAGAAAGAGAAAGAAAAAUGUGAAAGUAUUAGCAGUGAUACUUCUAUUGGAUACAACCAUGAAAUGGGCAUGAGUUUGGCUACCUGGCAAACAUGUGAAGAAAAUAAUGAUAUAUCCAUGCACGCUGACAUUUCCGUUGAUCCAGAAGCCCAUCAGUGGUUGGCUACCAACUUCUCAGACAGCAGUGAAUUCCUUGCUGAUGAUUAUAGCAUAAUUGCUGGUGGCACUCUUACUGGAUGGCAUCCUGACUCUGCAGCUGUACUGUGGAGAAGAACUUUAGGAAUUCUUGGAGAUGUGAACAAUAUCCAGUCUCCUAAAAUACAUGCCAGAGUUGUUGAAUAUCUCUUUGAGUUAUGGCACAAAUUAGCAAAGAUAAGAGAUAAUCUGGCAAUAAGUCUGGAUAACCAGUCUACCCCAUGCCCUCCUGUUUUAAUUCCACCACUUAGAAUAUUUGCAUCAUGGUUGUUCAAGGCUACAACUUUACCCGAUGAAUAUAAAGAAGGAAAGAUUCAUGCCUACAAACUGAUAUGUGCUAUGAUGACAAGACGUCAAGAUUUUAUGCCAAAUCCUGACUACCUGGUGCAUUUUUAUCUUAUCAUGCACAUUGGCUUAACUAACAAAGACCAGGAUGUUUUGAACACUAUCAUCAAACACUGCUCCCCAUUCUUUUUCUUUUUGCGGUUACCCGGCUUUACACUGCUAAUAAGAGACUUCAUAACAGCGACAACUAGAAUUCUUAGUACAAACAUGUUGGAGGCUCCUCGCUUAGAAGCAAAUACUAUUCUUGGAUCUCUGAUUUGCUUCCCUAACCUUUACCAAGACAUCUUAAUGUUGUCAUCUGUUACUGAAGCAGGAAUCACAACGGGAACUGCAGAUGUCAAACUUUGCCUCAUAAAUAUUCUUUUAAAGAAUGCCACAGAGGAACCAAGUGAAGCUUCAAGGUAUUUAGCCCUUUGCUGUCUUGGGCUUUGGAUAUGUGAAGAACUUGUGAACUGUACCAACCAUCCUCAAGUAAAAGAUGCAAUAAAUGUUUUUGGUGUGACACUAAAGUUUUCUAACAAGCAGAUUGCACAAGCAGCAUGUGACAUCUUCCAGUUGUUGACAUCUUACUGGGAAAAACUACAGAAAUACAACAUUUCUCUACCUCAAAAAAUUAUUGAAGUCCUUGUUGCCACUAUUGCAUUUCUGUUACCAAGCGCAGAAUACUCUCCUGUGGAAAGUGAUAAAAAGUUUAUAGUCUCAUUGUUACUUUGUUUAUUGGAUUGGUGCAUGACAUUGCCAGUGACGAUACUGUUGGAGCCUGUAUUUACUUCCAAUUUUGAAAAUCAGUAUUCUUCUAAUACUCCAUUGCUUGAUUAUAUUUAUAGGAUCCUGAAUUGUUGUGUUUAUGGUUCAAGCCUGUACAACCAGCAAAGCCAUUAUCUUUUAAGUCUUGCCGAUCUCUCCAGUGAGAUAUAUGAUCCCUUUAUGCCUCUAGGAAAUGUCAGGAAUUCUGAAGUGAUUCUGGUUCAGUCUUCUGCAGACCUGAAUAAUUUGCUCACUGUUGCUGAAGAAAUGAAGCGGAGAAGCUUGGAGUUAAUACCACUGACAGCAAGAAUGAUUAUGACACAUCUAGUUAACAAUUUGGGCCAUUAUCCUCUAACUGAAGGACCUGCUGUUCUACAUAGUCUUAUCAGUGAAAACCACAGCAAUUCUUGUAUGGAAUCUUCUGAACUCUCACCUGAAAUCUUCCGAAGCCCCAAUUUACAGAUCUUUGAAUUUAAUGACAAUGCUGUCAUUUCUUACCUCCAGAUUCCUUCAAAAAGGGGAAUGGCUGAUGAAUUGGAAGACUCAUUCUCAGAAGUAAGAGUAAUUGUUAGGGAUAUCUCUGGAAAAUAUUCAUGGGAUGGACAAUUGAUGUAUGGACCAUUAGGUGCUUGUUCAGUAGACCAGAUGAACAGAAACUUCUCUGUGGUUAUGGAAAAAAAUAAGCAGAACUUUGAGUCUCCAACUGAUUUCAUUCAGAUAGAUGAUGGAGAAGAUGCUCUUGAUAGGUUGCUAGAAAAGAUUGGCAGUAGUAGUCCUGAGUGUCUUUUACAUCCACAAAUAAAAUUAAAUGAGCCAUCCCCAUCCCCGUCUGUCAUGAGUCAUGCCCAAGCUAAUGAUAUAAUUGAAGCAAUAAUGCAGCAAAGUUGCAUAGAAAAUGAAUAUGCUCAUGGAUACCAUCUGAAUCACAACACAAAAAGCGAAAAUCAGAAGAUGCCAAGAUCUGCUCUGCCACAGUCACCAUUUCAUUUAUGUAGGCUUUUGCUAAAUGACUUAGGAAUGAAUUCGUGGGAAAAAAGAAAAAGUUUUAAUAUUUUGAAGAAAAAUUCUAAGUUAUUGAGAGAACUGAAAAAUUUAGACUCUAGACAAUGUCGUGAAACUCACAAGAUUGCAGUAGUUUACAUUGCUGAAGGACAAGAAGAUAAAUGCUCAAUAUUGUCCAAUCCACAAGGAAGCCAAGCAUAUGAAGAUUUUAUUGCUGGAUUGGGUUGGGAGGUUGAUCUUUCAACUCACUGUGGGUUUAUGGGUGGUCUUCAGCGUAACGGUAGCACAGGACAAACAGCCCCAUAUUAUGCUACUUCAACUGUAGAAGUAAUUUUUCAUGUAUCUACACGAAUGCCAUCUGACUCAGAUGACUCACUGACCAAAAAGCUUCGUCACUUGGGAAAUGAUGAAGUUCAUGUUAUCUGGUCUGAACACACCAGAAAUUAUCGCAGAGGCAUUAUACCAACAGAUUUUGGUGAUGUUUUAAUUGUUAUUUAUCCAAUGAGGAAUCGUAUGUUCUAUAUCGAGAUUAUGAAGAAACCACAGGUCCCAUUUUUUGGCCCUCUGUUUAAUGGAGCAAUUGUGACUGGAAAACUGUUGCCAAAUCUUAUACGGGCCACAUGUGUCAAUGCCAGCAGAGCUGUGAAAUCUCUUAUAACUCUCUAUCAGAGCUUUUAUGAGGAAAGAGCAAUAUAUCUUGAUGAAAUAAUCCGGAAUCAUAAAGAAUUACUGUCAUUUGAAGAUUUUGCUGCCCAGGUUUUCUCCCCUUCUCCCAGUUACUCCCAUAGUGGAUGCGAUUAAAAUAUGUAAUGAUCUCGUUACGGUAAUUGAGAAAGACAUUACUACAUGUUUGACUGAUGAUUUUACUGCACCUUGAUGGACCGAAUAAACAAAGCAGAUUUCACCAAUACCAGCAAGUGUCAAAAAAAAUAAUUCUUGGAGGUUAUACUUAUUCACCAGUACUCUCAGUAAAUCUUCAAGCUAUAAACAUUUUGGAAAUUUGAAAUAAUAGAAGAAAUCUACAUGUUGAUCUGCUCUCUUUCCAGGUGGUAAUUUUGAAGACUGCAUAAAUGAAGGUGUUUUUUUUUUCCCUGUUUCUGCUAUGAAAUCAUUAUUCCUUAAAUUUCAAAGUUAAUUUUUUUUGAUAUUUUCCUACAUUAGUUCUUGGAACUCAGUUAAUAACUUGCUGCUAUGAAAGAUUGAAGUCCAUCUUUCUAUGCUAAAAUACUUGCUUUAUCUAAUUUUUGUUUGCCGAUUAUAUGUCACCUAAAGAAUUCAGAACAGUCACUGAAAGCCCUUCCUCUCGAAAAUUUCUUAAAUGUAACGUUAAUAAUAUCAUUGUAAAGGUAAAUCAGCUGAUCAGCUCCAGCAUCUUUAACCGCUGAGCCAUCGUGCCCCUGGAAUCUCAGCGUGAUUUAAAAUUUACUAGAAGAAAGUACUUUUUAUUUCAUUGAUGGAGAGCCACAGUUAACCAAAAUGAAGGACUUUUGCCUAGUAAUUUCCUUUUUAUAUUAAAUAAAAAAUGCUGUAAACUACAAACUAUAUACGUAGUAUAUAGAUGAUAAGUGAUUAUGCCUUUAAAAUAUCUUUUCCAAUAUAACAUCAUUUUAUAUUACUUAUUUCCAAACUUUAUUGUUGUGCAUAUAACCGAGAAUUCCUACUUAACAAUCAAUAGCGCUUUUAAAUAUUUAUAUAGUUAAAUAAAUACAACAGUAGUAAAACCUACAUUUAAAUUGCCUGGUAAAAUACUAUUUCAUAUGCAAGAUAUAUAGUGUGAACCUUUGGCAUUUAAAUCUUACAGUGAGUAGUUCAGCGGCUCGUGCCAAUUCAACGUUCCUAUUUCUGAUUGUUCUGUUUGACAAAACUACCAAGUACCGUAAAUCCUUUAAUUCAUUGUUAUUAUGAAUACUGGCUACUUUAUCAACACAGAACAGCUACUUAACUGAUCACCUGGGGAAAUAUGGAUCAAUAUAAUGACUCAUUUCAUACUGCACGCUACUUAUGGUUUGCUCAAUCCAUCUGCCUGGAUUCAUGCAAUAUACAGUGAAUCAUAAACUCAUGAUACCGCCUGAGGUUUACACAAGACACAUUUCCUGGUAUGAAACCACUCAGAAUUUACAAGCAGAAUAAUUUCUAUAUGAAGAGGAAUCAAUCUGAUUCAGGUAUACAGAGCCUUUUUUGUAAAGUGUUGUUUGGGAUAUCAGUGCAAACUACCAAAGUCCUUGCACAAUAGACACUGUUAGUAAUCAGAUACCUCUUACUUAUGAACACGGGCUACCUUUUUUUUAUUUUUCUGUGAUGUUUGCUGAAUAUAGUUGCCGAAGUAGAAAAAGUCUCCAAACUAAAUUUAAAGUCUGAGGACUUUAUUGAAAACAUCCAUGCAGGAAUUUUUUUUUUUAUUACCUGAUUAGAAGAUAGCUGACCCUUCCCUUCUGCCGGGGUGGUUUUUGACUUCCCAGCAAAACUUCCAAACCCAGGACUUCUUGAUUGUUUCCUAUUCAAAUAGCAAUCAGUCCCAACCAUGCAUAGCUACAAUGAAGACAACCAAGUUUUAUUACUCAAAUGCAAGAGAGUAGCAAACAUUUGUUUGUGGAGUCUUGUGUUUUCUGAACUUGGUGGUACCACAAGCUUAGAGAGCAAUUUGGAGAGCAGAAUACCAAGGACCCCGCAAUUCAACCUGAGCGACAAAAUACCCUAUCUGUAAAAUCAUUUCUUUUGGUCUCACUUAUGAAAAUCUUGUUUUCAAAACACUGCAGUU